AGCCAAAGCAUGUAAAUGUAAAUGUAAAUGUGAAUGUGAUGUCACAUUUGGGCAACAUAGUUUGCAGAAUAAGGAGUCUAAAACAUCUAACACAGCUCCAUGCAAACCUCGUUUACAACUCCCUCCACCACCACAACUACUGGGUGGCACUACUUCUCAAUCACUGCACGCGCAUCGGCGCGCCUCUCACCUACGCCCGUCUCAUUUUCAACUCUGUGUUGUGCCCGAAUGGCCAUGUCUUUACCUCCAUGCUCAAAUAUUACGCCCAUUUGGGUGCUCAUGAUGAAGUGGUUUCUUUGUUCAGACAAAUGCAAUGUCGUGGUGUAAGGCCUGGUACAUUCGUUUACCCGUUAUUGAUUAGAUUGGCUGGCAACGCCGGCAUUCUGUUUCAUGCCCAUGUGAUUAAAUUGGGUCAUGGUCUGGAUCGUUACGUACGCAAUGGAAUUAUGGAUAUGUAUGCAAAAUGUGGCCCAGUUGAGGUUGCCAGGGAGUUGUUUGAUGAAAUGCAUGAAAGGACUCUUGCGGAUUGGAAUUCAAUGAUUUCUGGGUACUGGAAAUGGGGUAAUGAAGUUGAAGCACGUAUACUAUUUGAUAUGAUGCCUGAGCGGAAUGUCAUUACGUGGACAGCUAUGGUCACUGGGUAUGCUAAGAUGGGGGCCUUGAAGAGUGCAAGGAGGUAUUUCAAUGAGAUGCCGGAGAAAAGUGUUGUCUCUUGGAAUGCAAUGCUAUCAGGUUAUGCUAAGAGUGGAUUUGCAGAGGAGGCUUUAAGAUUGUUUGAUGACAUGAUGAAUACCGGUGUUCAACCAAAUGAAACGACGUGGGUUAUUGUGAUUUCAUCGCUCUCGUUGCAUGGUGAUCCUUGCCUUGCAGACUCACUUGUCAGAAAAAUCGACCAGAAGAAGAUACAUUUAAAUUGUUUUGUCAAGACCGCGCUGGUUGAUAUGCAUGCAAAGUGCGGGAGCCUUGAGACUGCCCGAAAGUUUUUUGAUGAUCUGGGUGUGUUUAGGAACUCUGUAACAUGGAAUGCCAUGAUUUCAGCAUAUGCAAGGGUUGGGGAUUUGACUUCGGCUAGAGAGCUUUUUGAUAAGAUGCCCGAGAAGAAUGUUGUCUCGUGGAACUCAAUGAUUGCAGGUUAUGCUCAAAAUGGGCAGUCAGCUAUGGCAAUUGAGCUCUUCAAAGAUAUGACUACUACCGAAGACUCGAAACCAGAUGAGGUGACCAUGGUGAGUGUUCUCUCAGCGUGUGGACAUCUUGGGGCAUUGAAAUUGGGCAAUUGGGCUGUGAACAUCCUCAAUGAAAACCAUAUCAAUCUCAGCAUCUCAGGAUACAACUCUAUGAUUUUCUUGUACUCUAGAUGUGGGAGCGUGGAAGAUGCCAAGAGGAUAUUUCAAGAAAUGGUAACAAGAGAUGUUGUUUCCUACAACACAUUGAUUGCAGGGUUUGCAACUCAUGGACAUGGAAAGGAAGCCAUUGAACUAAUUUCAAAGAUGAAAGAAGAAGGCAUUGAACCAGACCGUGUAACCUAUAUUGGUGUCCUGACAGCAUGCAGCCAUGCGGGAUUAUUGGAAGAAGGUUGGAAGGUCUUCAAAUCAAUUAAAGUUCCUGCUGUAGAUCACUAUGCAUGCAUGGUUGAUUUGCUAGGUCGACUGGGUGAACUGGAGGAAGCUAAAAAGUUAAUUGAAAGCAUGCCGAUGAAAGCACACGCAGGAGUUUAUGGGUCUCUUUUAAAUGCAAGCCGGAUUCACAAAAGAGUUGAACUUGGGGAGCUGGCUGCAAACAAUCUCUUUGAGCUUGAACCAUACAAUUCGGGAAAUUAUAUUUUGCUAUCCAACAUUUAUGCUUCGGCAGGGAGGUGGGAAGACGUCGAUAGGGUCCGGGCAACAAUGAGUAGGGUGGGAGUGAAGAAGACAAUUGGAUGGAGUUGGGUAGAAGACAAGGGUAAAAUGCACAAGUUCAUAGUAGGAGAUAGAUCGCAUGAACAAUCAGAAGAGAUCUAUAGGAUUUUGUCAGAAUUGGGAAGGAAGAUGAGGAGGGAUGGGUAUACGGCUGAUAAAAGCUGUGUCCUGAGAGACGUUGAAGACGAGGAGAAAGAGGAGAUGGUGGGAGCUCAUAGUGAGAAAUUGGCCAUUUGUUUUGCUCUUCUUGUUAGUGAAGCAGGGGCAGUAAUUAGGGUGGUGAAGAAUUUAAGGGUAUGUUGGGACUGUCAUAUAGCUAUUAAGAUGAUCUCCAAGUUGGAGCAAAGGGAAAUAAUUGUGAGGGAUAAUAAUCGGUUUCACCGCUUCAGUAAUGGGCUAUGUUCUUGCAAAGAUUACUGGUAAUGGGAGACAACGCAUCAGACACUCAAAACCUAAGGGACCUGAGUGGGGGCAUUGGUUGAGAGAAUAGGCAUU